CUUUCUCACUAAACUUGUCAGUAUAGAAGCGGUGCAUAAAGCUUAGUGCGCUCCACAGGAACAGAGCGCACAUAAUUCCCCACUGUGCGCAUACGAACACCAUGGAGAUUUCUGGACUGUGGAUUUCUCUCAAUGUGCGGAUUUUUCCCCUUUUGCUACUAUGGGCCGGUACAAGCGCAUUUAACUUGGACACAAAAAACGUGUUGAGGAAGAACGGGGACCCCGGCAGCCUCUUUGGUUUCUCUCUCGCACUGCACCGGCAGCUACAACCAGUGGAUAAGAGAAUACUUCUGAUCGGAGCUCCCAGGGCCAAAGCUUUAUCGAAUCAGGGUGCGAACAUCACUGGGGGUUUGUACAGCUGUGACAUUACCACUCAUACGGAUGACUGCAAUCGGAUUGAGUUCGACAAUGAUGCUGAUCUUCGUGUGGAGAGUAAAGAGAAUCAGUGGAUGGGGGUGACUGUACAGAGUCAGGGACCAGGGGGAAAGAUUGUGACCUGCGCUCACCGGUACCAGCGACGUCUGUUUGUGAACACACCGCAGGAGUCACGGGAUAUUACUGGGCGCUGCUACGUACUCAGUCAGGAUUUCAGCAUUGAUGGCCUGUCAGAUGAAGAUGGUGGAAACUGGAAAUUCUGUGAAGGUCGUUCCAGGGGCCACGAGAGGUUUGGUGCCUGUCAGCAAGGUCUUUCUGCAGCGUUCACCAAUGACUAUCACUACGUCAUCUUUGGAGCACCAGGAGCUUAUAACUGGAAAGGAAUUGUGCGAGUGGAGCAGAAAAACAACACUCUCCUGGAAAUGGGCUUUUAUGAUGACGGCCCAUAUGAGGUUGGGGAUGAAAGCCGUUUGGAUCCAGAGCUGGUGCCUGUACCAGCUAACAGUUACUUAGGUUUCUCUUUGGAUUCUGGCCACAACAUUACUGAGAAGGGCAAACUGAUUGUGGUGUCUGGAGCUCCAAGAGCUAAUCACAGUGGGGCAGUGGUGCUGCUGAGGAAAGAGGGAGAGGUGUCCACAAUGCUGUCUCCUGAGUAUGUGCUAGAAGGACCUGGACUUGCUUCUUCAUUCGGAUACGAUGUAGCAGUUGUGGAUCUCAAUGGAGACGGAUGGCAGGACAUUGUGGUGGGAGCUCCUCAGUUCUUUCAGAAAGAUGGUGAGGUGGGAGGAGCCGUGUAUGUCUACAUCAACAAGGCUGGAAAGUGGAGCUCUGUCGUCCCCACCCGCCUCAAUGGAACUAAAGACUCAAUGUUUGGACUGGCAGUGGAGAAUAUUGGUGACAUCAAUCUGGAUUCCUAUGAAGAUAUUGCAGUUGGCGCUCCUUAUGCAGAUGCAGGCUCUGGUAGAGUGUAUAUCUAUCAUGGAUCAGAUUAUGGCAUUAACACCAAACCAGCUCAGAUUCUGGAAGGUAAACCUCAUGGUAUAAACAUGUUUGGCUAUUCAUUGGCUGGGAACAUGGACUUGGACUACAAUUCCUAUCCAGAUCUUGCCGUUGGCUCUUUGUCUGAUGCUGUGUUUGUGUACAGGGCCAAAGCAGUCAUCAACAUAAAGAAAGAAAUCAAGGUUACACCGAAGGAAAUUGACCUGACAAAGAAAACGUGUGGAAAUAGUAUUUGUUUGAACGUUGAAGUCUGUUUUACCUAUAAAGCAAAUCCUGCGACUUACAGCCCCAAACUGACCAUUUCGUACAUGCUCGAGACAGAGUCGCAACGCAGAAAGCAGGGGUUGCACUCUAGAGUGUCCUUCCUGGAAAAAAAGCCAACGGAUCAAGACUUCCAGUCUACAGGCACGUUGGAGCUGAGAGGGCAGAAUAAGAAAAGUUGUCAAAAAGUCCAACUCCGACUGCAGGAGAACAUCAAAGAUAAGCUGAGAGCAAUCCCCAUCGAGGUGUCCUGUGCCAUUGAGAGCGCUAAGAGAGGGAAAAGUCCAAGCUCACUACCAGAGCUGGUGCCUGUGCUGGACUCGAAUGUAUCAAGCAAGAUCAGCACUGAAGUGAACUUCCUAAAGGAGGGGUGUGGAUCUGACAACAUAUGCCAGAGUAAUUUGCAACUUCAAUACAGAUUCUGUUACAGAGAAUCCAACCAGGACAUAUUUCCUCCAUUACCUAUGAAGAAUGACAUUGCCGUGGUGUCUCUGAGUGACCAAAAGGACAUUGCUUUGGAGGUAACAGUGAAGAAUAGGAAUGGAGAUGAUGCUCAUGAAGCCAAACUAAUGGGAUGGUUUGGUGAUUCGCUUUCAUACUCUGGAUUCAGGUCUCAGAAAACUACAGACAAGCAUGUGAUCUGUGCAGCCAACCAGAAUGGUUCACAAGUAGACUGUGAACUGGGGAACCCAUUCAAAAGAGAUUCUGAGGUGACUUUUUACAUUAUUCUGAGCACUGCCGGGAUCUCCCUCCAAACCACUGAGGUUGAGGUUGACCUUCAGCUAGAGACAACGAGUUUGCAGGGUGGUUUAGAGAAAGUGAGGGCAAGAGCUAAAGUUGUGAUCGAACUUCUGCUUUCGGUGCAAGGGGUUGCCAAGCCCUCACAGGUGUAUUUUGGAGGGGAUGUUAGAGGAGAGAGUGCCAUGAAUACAGAGGAAGAGGUUGGGAGUUUGAUUGAAUAUGAAUUUAGGGUAAUGAAUUUAGGCAAGCCAUUGAAAUCUUAUGGCACAGCCUCCAUUAAUAUCCAGUGGCCUAAAGAAAGUGCUGUGGGGAAAUGGCUUCUGUACCUGGUGAAGAUCACUUCGAGAGGGCUGGAGCAGAUCACCUGUUCACCAGAGAAAGAGAUCAACCCAAAUGGCCUGAUUGAAGGAUCCACUUUCUCCAGAAGGAAGCGUCAUGCAGAGCCAAGCAAGACAUCUGAAGAGAGUAAAAUAUCUCUUUUCACAGAUAAAAGGAAAUACAAAACUCUGUCAUGUGCUGGGGAUGCCAAAUGUGUGGACAUCAAGUGCCCUCUACAGGGAUUGGACAGUAGUGCUCACAUUGUACUAAGGUCUCGCCUUUGGAAUACGACUUUCCUUGAAGAUUAUGCCUCGUAUAAUUACCUUGACUUGAUAGUGAAAGCAUCAAUCAGUCUUGAUGUUUCUGCUAAGAACAUUGUGCUGAAGAAUCCUGAGACACAGGUGAGACUGACGAUCUUCCCUGAGAAUACAGUGGCUCACUAUGGUGGAGUGCCAUGGUGGAUCAUUCUGGUGGCCGUAUUAGCAGGAAUACUGAUGCUUGCUCUGUUAGUGCUUCUACUCUGGAAGUGUGGAUUUUUCAAACGUUCCAAAUAUGAUGACAGCAUUCCUAAGUACCAUGCUGUGAGGAUCCGUAAAGAGACGCGCCACUUUACAGAUGAAAGCAUCAUGUUUGAUCCAUUUGAGAAGAAGCAGUGGAUGACUAUAUGGAGUGAGAAUGAAAGUUACUCCUGAGACUUUUGCCUCACUUACAUCAGAGACUAUAGGACCUUCUGGAGUCCACUAAAUAUAAUGGAGCCUGGAUUCAGAACUUUGCACAGUCUGUAUUGUUACAAUGAAGAAACACUCCUUUCAUGCACUGAUUUGUAACACAGUAGUCUUAAAAUACCAAGCAAAUGAUAAGUUGAAUAUUUUUUCUUUGAUAUUUGUAUUGGGACCAGCCUAUUUGUACAAUUCCGGAUGAUUACUGGACUACUGUAACUGAUUUUAAAUCUGUACAUAUUGAACUGUACUUGCAUAGUGCUUAUUUAUUUUCUGUAUUAUUUAAUUAGCCAAAGGUUCUCCAGGUUCUUUCUAAAAAUGUGAAGUCAAGCAGAUUAUAGGGAUAAAAUAACCUGAUGUGCACAAUGCAUGAAAGCAAUCUAGCACGCUGUAUGGCAGGGCUUUAUAUUUUGGGACUUGCUGCUCAUAUUUUUGUAUAUACUAUAUGUGAGUUUUGCUGUUGAGUAGAUCUUCAAUCAGAAACACUUGUGCAGAUGUAGAUAGGAACUGCACAGAUGAACUGAAUAUUGGGACCAAGAACCAAGAGAACAUACAAAACCAGUGCAAAGUACUUAUGCAAGAAUACACAGUCUAUUGACUACUAUACUACUACUAAGUUUCAGAGCAGGGACUGUAUUAUGUAUGUUCAUUGAACAGACUGUUUGAUCAGUAAUGUGUAGAAGUAAAUCAGAUUCACUGGAACAUUAAGCUGAAUUCAAAAUGUGUGAAUGACAAAAUAUGCACAUGUUUGUUAAACAAGAUUAACAACAGACAUAGGAUUUUUUUAAAACAAUUUUCU